GGGCGGCGCCGGGCGAUUCAAACGCUCGGUGCUCUGUGGCCAUGGCGGCGCGUGUGGCUCCGCAGCUCCCGGCUAGUCGCAGGUCCGAGCCCGCAUUCCGCGAACAAAGACGACAGAAAGUCGAAGAGUAUCUAUCAAGAAAGAAGACUUUUUCUGGUGUGCCCAUUCAAGAAAACCAGACAUCGAUCAGCAGUAGCAGAACUAGGAGAGCGACUACCAGUAAACUGCAAGACAAAUUACAGCUCUCAACCUCUCCUAAGCCAGAAAUGGAAAAUAAAGAGAAUGUUGAUAAAGUGUCAUGGGACCACUCAGUUGUAAGCUCAGAAACAAAAGUUACUUUAAACUCUUCUGCAAUUCCACUGACAAGUUGCCUAUCAGGGACAAACUGUAAUCUUGAAGAUCAAGAUCCAAAGAAUAAAGUUAUUGAUAUAAAAUCUCAGCAUGUAUCACUUAGCAAGGCCUUCUUGGAAAUAAAAAGAAUUAAAGAGAAGCAUUUGAUAGCAGAAAAACAAAAUGCAAGUAUCAGUGCACCAAAGAAACCAGCUCUUGGCAGAUAUCGUGGCAAAGUUAUCCAAUCCAAGAUAAAUUCUUUCCGAAAAGCAGUAAAAACCGAGGGGGAAAAUAGUUCUUUGCCAGACAAGAAGCCUUUUCCUUCUGCCACCAAACAAGCAGCAAAUUCUUUGUCCACAAAAAGCUGUAAUGCAGUUCUGAAGACCAUCAAAGUCACAAACAACCCUAAGUCUGUAAAAUCAAAUGGUGUCCUGCCAUUUCAAAGCAAACCAUCUGACAAAGCUGCUACUAACUUGCAGUCUGGUCUGAAGAAACAGCUGACAUUUGCAGUAGGACCAAAGAAAGUAACAGUCCCAAAAGUGGUUGGUGGAAGGGGACCACAGCCAUCAAAGGCUGCUUCUAGCAAUCCUGAUCGCAGAGUGUGGGGUGCGAAGAAAUGUGCAGAUUUCUGUGAAGAUGCAAGACCAGAAGCUCCAACAAAAUCAACUUCUGUUGCUCCUGGUACAAAAUCAGGACAGAAUUCUAAAAUGGAUGGCAACAGAAAAUCUAUUCUGCCAAAAGAGUCAGCAGAAGAGAGAAGAGCUCGCCUGGAUGAAUGGAGGGCAUCUAGAGGAAAAGCAAUGAGACGACCUCCUAUAUAUGCACUUCUGGGACCCCAGUCUAAAAGUGAAGAGCAAGAACUCUCUGCUGCUGAUAUCGAAAAGGUCAACAAGACUCUGAGUGAAUGCCUGCAGUUAACAGAACAGGGGCAUCAAGGUGAUGAAGUACGUGCCAUGCUGGAAGAUCUGAUACAGAGCAUUCCUGGGGUUAAAAAGCUUGCAAAAUAUUGGAUCUGCUGUAUGCAUCUUGAACAGAGGGGCCAUCUUGAAAAGCUUAUUGCUGUCUAUGAAGAGGCCAUUUUGGCAGGAGCAAUGCCCAAAGAGGAAUUGCGACACACACUAGUAGAUACAAUCAAAAAUACUGAAAGUCUUUGUAACUCUGAGAAUGGGGCAACUGUGAUAGAAGCUCAUUUAAGUGAGGCAGUGGAAGUCAGCAAGGAACCAAAUUCACCUGUAGAGCCUGUUCAGGAAGCCUUCAAGGAUUUCUGCCCUGAUGAUGACCAAAAAGCAGAGAGUGAUAAUAAGAGGGCAGAGAAAAGCAGUGAAGUUAUCAAAAAAGAAGAAAUUGAUUUAGACUUAAACGCAAGAGAAGAGAUCUUGCCAAAAAAGAAUAAAAAGCACAAGGCUAAAGAACGGGCAAAAAAGAAAGGAAAAUGCGAAAGAGAACAGAAUGAGGAUGGGAAAAAAAAUAUGGCCCAAGCAGUUAAUUCUCCUGAGAAGGAGAAUGACACAUCUUAUUCAAUGAGAUACAAUCUUCCUACCACACCAUACUUGGAAAGUGUGAAGAUGCAUUCUGAGGCAAAUGACUGCAGUGCUAAAGAUCUGAAAAUCGUAACUCCUUUGCGAUAUUCUCAACGCAUUCGGGAGAAGAUGUGCAAGCUGCCUGAGGGUGUUAAAGAUCAAGAUUCGUGUGUCUCUUCACUUGAGCAGCUGGGAGACUUGGAAUCAAAAGCCACUGUGUUUAUCCACAAACACAGCAAUGCUCUGCAAGAAACAAGUGCUGAAAUAGAAGAGUAGAAGUAGUGCUACUGCUACAGAGGGGUUAAAGAUUUCAUACUUUUUAAGGGGAGUUGAAGGGUACUUGUUUUAUGCAGCUUUGAGAAAGGAGCCUAUCUACAGUUUGAGUGGAUGGCCUGAGCUGAAAUUUGACUGCCUGAGUCACUAAAUAAACUUUUAAAGUUUCUGCCUUUUCAAAAUUGCAACAAAUCCUGUCCUGGUUUAGUACUAGACUAAACACUGUCUUUGUUUCAUUAAAUUUUCAACUAAGUACUAGGUAUAAUGCUUCAUGUUAGUAGUUGAUUGUGGUAUAUAGCUAAUAUCUACUGUUUUCUUGUUGCAACUCCUAUUAAUUGCUUAGAGACCCUCAAUCUUUUAGUUUAAGGAAACAAAGUAAUGUAGGUGCAUGUCUACACUGACAAGAUUUAGCUUUGAAAACGGAAGCCAGCUACUAUAGUGUGUGCUGAAUUUGCUGUUGUAUCUAGUUUUAGGGCUGCUUCAGCAAAACAGUUUAAUCUCUUUAGUUACUGAGCUUUGUUCAUUAUCAAGUAAUCCUAGAUGAGGUCUGAUACACUACUUACUGUCUGACAUUGUAUUAGUUUGUACUAUGGUAUACUUAUUAAACUCAUCAAUUUA